AAUAAUUUGUGUAGGUUUAAAAAAAAAAAAAACAAUUUGUACUGUUUGCUCUGCCUUGGUGUCCUUCACUCCCUCUAGUGUUUCAGUGCUGCGGGUGUUUAGGUCAUGCUGCAGAAUCAGAUAGGUGGAGCUAAGCUUUGUCUUUUUUUGUUUUCAUUGGUCUAAUGACAACUAUUUUGUUCCACCCGUAAUCAUAGGAUUAAACAAUAAGUGACCACACCACAGUCACUAUCUUUUACUAGAGUACCUUUGAAUAGAGGGGGGCCACUUGCUGUAUAAUACAUGUCAAACUUAACCCACUAACUCUCAUACUUUUACAGUUACAUGUGGGGGGUUUUCGCUCACUCCCCUCACAUCGCUCUGCCAUUCUUCCUCCUUUGCUCUGUGUGCUAUCUGUCAGUGCUUGUUGUAUCUAAUGAAAGACGGUAAAAAAACAGGGAGAAAGGUUGCAUGGUUGUGUUCAGUGAGUGAGAGAGAGAGAGAGAGAGAGAGAGAGAGAGAGAGAGAGAGGACUGAGAAAAGAGGGGUGAAACAUGUUUUGAGCACAAGCAACUUGCCUGCCAAGACAAAACAGCAAACGAGAGAGAGAGAGAGAGAGGAGGAGGAGGAGAAAGGGAGCAGGAAAAGGAGACGUCGGACCAGCUUGAUACACGAUGGCUACAAUCUCUUCUGAUUUAAAUGCUGAAGAUGGAUCUUCGUUACCAAAGCGGCGCCUCCUGCUGCUAGGGUUCCAGGGCUCUGGUAAAACCUCAACAAUGAACACCAUCUUGAGCCAAGAUAAUAAACCUGACAGUUCCCAAACAGAUCAUAAACACUGGGUGGACAUAUUUACCUGGCGACUGUCGAUUACUGACACCCCAGGAUGGAAGCUGGAGACAGAAAACAUGCCUGACAAGGCAGACUCUAAGAACCAGCAGUACAUCAUUGAUCAUUGUUUACCUGGUCCCCAUGCCCUACUGCUGGUGGUUCCCAUUGGAGUCCCGUUCACCGAACACCAUUGGCAGGGUCUGUGGGCCCAACUUAGUGCAUUGGGAGCAGGAAUAUGGAGGCACACCAUGGUUUUGUUCACCAGUGCAGACCAGUUGCAUCAAGACAAGGGUGUGGAGGAAUUUAUAGUGGAUGGUGGGCCUGCACUACAGAGGUUAGUGGAGAGAUGUGGCUGCAGGUAUCAUGCCUUGGAUAACACCAGCUCAGACAAAAGUGCUCAAGUUGCAGAGCUUUUACAGAAAGUGGAGGAGAUGGUGCAGGAGAAUCAAGGCUGGUACUUUGAAUUGGUGAGGCCAAGCCUCGGAUUUGAAGAUGAAGAGACUGAAAUGGAAAAAGAAGAGGACAGAGACACAGAAGUGGAGAGGGCAGCAGCAAUGUUUAGAUCUCCACCAAGAGAGUUACGAGUCCUGUUAGUAGGCUGGCGUGGAGCAGGCAAGAGCUCUGUGGGCAAUCUUCUACUCGGUGGUCAUGGGUUUGAUUCAGGACGCCCCACUGAGGUAUCUGUCCGACAUCAAGCACUAGUUGAUGGUCGUCGCCUCACGAUUGUUGACACACCAGGUUGGGAUUGGUUCUCUGUGCAGCGCACACCCAGCCAUGUACGAAAAGAAAUCAAACAAGGGGCGGGGCUUCUUCAUCCAGGCCCGCAUGCACUCUUAUUGGUCAUACCUGUGGUCUCCUCCCUCACUCCCAAAAAGAGGCAGGCCCUCAAGAACCACUUAGAGAUGUUUGGUGCGGAAGCAUGUCAACACACGCUAGUGCUGUUCUCAUGUGGUGACUGGCUGUACGGCACAUCAAUCGAGGACCACAUCCAGCGGGAUGGAGGUGAGCUGCUGAAACUGAUGCGCCAUUGUUGGAACUGUUAUCAUGUUUUGGACUGUACCAAAGCCAACAAAGACAAGACACAAGUGACUGAACUCCUGCGGAAAAUAGAGGAGAUGGUUGCAGAAAAUGGACAGAAGCCUUUCCUACCAGUCAAAUUGAACCAAGAACUAGAUGAUGAAGAAAUGAGUGGAAGGUGCAGUUUGCAGUGAGAAAUAAGAGAAAAUAGAAUGCAAAUGCAAGAUGAAUGUAAACAUUAUUGAUUUUUGCAUCAAAAGACAAGCAGUAUUAAUGAAAAUGUUUAUUAUCUAUAGGGCCAUUCACUCUGAAUUUGACACAAUCGAUCACUUAUGUUGACAUCUGUAUUACACAGAGGUACAAGAUACAUUGAGGUCUCCAUUAGAAAAAUGACAAGGAUUUGUGAAUAUAUUCCCAUCAAUAUUAUAUAUUUAUUUUUACAAGUUUUACAAGUUAAAAAGUUCAUCCAAAAAAAAAAAAAAAAUGAAAAGAAAAGAACGAAUCAUUUAUUUUCCUUCAUGUGGUUUUAAAUUUUUUGAGUUUUAAUCUCCUUUUUAAAAAAUACUGGUUGAUGACACCCAUUGAAAUCCAUAGUAGGAAAAAAAUACUACUAAAGUCAAUGGGUGCCAUCAACCAGCGUUGUUUUUUGUGUUCAACAGAAGUGAUGAUGACUAAAAAGAACAUUACCUGCCUUUAAGAACAUUAAAUUUCAAAUUAAGCAUUUGCAAAUCAGUAUUUUUAUUUAUUUAGGAACUGGAUUUUUGUUACAUUAACUUUUAUUAAAACCACAUAAAUCACUUAUAAUUUUUAAUCCUGUAAACAAUUACUCAAUUAUUUUAUUGCAAACGCAUGCACGUUUUGUUACUUAUUAUUUUCAAAUGUUUUGUAAAAUGAAUGGAGGAAACAAACAAAUCAUAUGACCAAUAUUAUUCUAUUUUUAUAGUUUUUCAUGUACAUUCAUUGUUAAAUACAGAAUUACAUCAGAACAUCUAUAUAGGUAAGUAUGUAAACCCCAAACAGAGCUGGAUUCUCAUGUAUGCAGUUGUUCAACUAUGAAUACUUUUUUGCUACUGAAGGUUUGAUACUAAUAAGGAUAAACUCAGGACUCUGGUGUCAACAUUAUUUAAUAUAUGCUGGUCGUUAAGUGCAUGGUUAUUACCAUUGCAUAGUAUUUUUUAUCUUGUCCACAAAUAUAUACCACACUUGUUGAUAGGCUAGCAUUUCAACCUCAAAUGUGACUUUCAACUGGAUUGACACAACUGAAAGAUUUAACUUUUUGUCUGCUUUUCACUACAAAUUUCCAUAUAAAUAAAGAAUACAAUUUAUGUACA